ACCGUGAUUUAUGGAACUUCCCCCGUAGUUUGAGUUUUCCAAGUGAGGCAGUCAAAGCUGUCACACGGAUCCUUAACUUUGAGCAAUAUUAUACUGAUAUGGUUUUGAAAGUUUGCCAACCGUAAAAAUUUACUUAUCGCCGAUAGCGAGCGAUGAUUGAGAGCUUUCAACAAUUUUCUCGUAGUUUUAAACGCUAUCAGCAACUUUGUCCUGCACACAGCGUGUUUUUAUAUUAUUUUUAAUGUGAUAUAAUUUCUUCAUAUUCUUACAUUAUUCUUGCCGGGAAAUAAAAUUUCUGUUAUAUGGUCAAAGGGAGGAAACCAUUGUUGGAAAGUAAACUAGACCUGUGUGAAAUCAGCUCAUUUUAUAAAGAUGUUUGCCUGCAGUGGGGCGAUGAUGCUAUUCGUUUUCACGGGUGUGACGGAGGCCCAAUCGGCUGUGCUGCUGCCCCAACUUAAAGAGAGGGACAGCACAAUUCACACCACACUGGAGGAAGAAACGUGGAUAGCUAGUCUUGGUAUUUUGCUGUCGCCUGUCUCAGGAGUAAUCGUCGGGCCGACUAUAGAUGCAAUCGGACGAAAAAAAGGACUUCUUUUCUUUUUUAUCAAUAUGGGCCUUGGUUUUGGUAUAAUAGCUUGUGCAACGAAAAUAUGGCAUCUGUACGUGGGCCGUUGUAUCUGUUCAUUUGCUGUCGGUAUGGAGGUAGCAGCUAUAGUCUACCUGGCAGAGACCUGCACGAAGAAGCAGCGCAGUAUGCUGCUGUCCAUGGUAGCGGCCUCCUUCACGACUGGCUGCUCCAUCACCUACGUCGUCGGCGGCUACCUCCCUUGGAACAUCGCUUCGGCCAUAUUCGCGCUGUGCUGUUUCCUUUACUUCCUCGUCCAACUCCUGGCCCCCGAGUCCCCUGCCUGGCUCUACAAACAGGGUCGAAUCGAUGCCUCCACCCGGAGCCUCCAGAAACUCGGCCGGAGUCCCGAAGGAAUCGCCCGCGAGCUGGAAAUGCUCCGUCUCUCCUCCAAAGAACAGUCCGAGAAGUUCCAGCUCAAGGUCCUUCUUGAACCGACCGUCUGGAAACCGUUCAUCAUACUGUGCAUCUACCAUUUCCUCCAGUGCGCGACGGGGGUUUUCCAAAUCCUCUACUACACCCUGGACUUCAUCGACCGGCUGGGCACAUCUUACAACCCCCUGCGCGUCUCGAUCAUCAUCUCCAUCGUCCGGGUGAUCGCCAACAGCACCAUCGGCAUGUACGCCACCGCCUACGUCGGCCGGAAACCAGCGACGGUCACUUCAGGGAUCCUGAUGACGAUCUCCUUCCUGGGCGCGGGCGCCUACGAGUACAUCUACCGGACCACGCCCGUCGGACAUCGACCCUGCGAGUGGGUACCGAUCGUCCUGCUCAUCGUCAACAUCGUCGGCGGGAUCCUGGGCGUGUGCAUCCUCCCGUGGUUAAUGUCCGGCGAGGUGUUCCCGCUUCGGGUCCGCGGGUCUAUGUCAGGCGCCGUCUUCGUCGUCGGGUCUGCUAUCAUGUUCGUGUCUGUUAAGAUCUAUGCCGCGGCGAUGGAGGUGCUUGCCAUGUGGGGCAUGCUCUUCGUUUAUGCUGCUGCGUCGUUUCUGGCCGUGCUCUUGGGGGCUUUUUUCCUGCCCGAGACGCAGAAUAAGACUUUGUAUGAGAUCGAGCGGGGGUUCCUGCCGAGGGAUCGUGGGGACUCAAGGGUCCAGGCGACUGAGAAAUCCGAGAUCGAGAAUGAAACAACAGUGAGCUGAAAGCACAGUGUGAAGGGAAGGUUCAUGAUCGACAGAAUCCUGGUUCUCAGAGAUAGGAAAGUACACGUUAUGCUUGGUGAGCAAUGAGUUUUUUCCUUCAAUUGGACGUAUUUCUGCCAAACGGAACCAGGUGCAUUGAGACAUGAGCCCUAAGAUCCAUAAGAAUAUAUGCAUAACAGGGCUCACGUCAUAAUGCACAUAGUUCCGUUUGACAGAAGUACAUCCAAUUAGAAGUCACCAAUUCUUUUGACCUUUCAAUCCAACUCCGAAAAAGCUUUUCAGCUCAGUUAACCGAUAUGUUUGGUUUUCGAUGUCGGACUUUGAAGUCCAAGUUCAUCAGUCUAAGUUUUAGAUCGACGGUCAUACUAAGACUUGAAUUUUUAUUCGAGACUGUAGUUAUUUGAACCGGAGCAUAUAAUCCGGCCGCUUGAACCAUGGAAUCGAAGUAUGCCUAUAGUAAUCGCCGAUUUUUCUUUAAGUAUGACUUUAAAAAUUGAUGUCUGCUGUCCGUAGAGGGUACCGAGAGAGAAUAUCCUGCAGAUUUUUGUCUCUCGGAGAGACAACUGAAGAACAUUUGUCACAUUCUAAUCGAUGUCAAGCUGUUUUGUGAUAUACCUCAUUGUAAGCUCAAUUUUGAUACUAUAUAAUUUGUACGUAUCAUGUACGUAUUCUAGAGGGCGUAGCUAGCCCCCUGACCGCUUCGCGGUACAACCACCCGAUGUUCGAAGCGCUUCGCAACUCAGGCGUUAUGCGUCACGCGUUUCUCUCAUGAUUUUAUAAUAUCGAGUAAGAUUAGUACGUGUAAGUAAUUAGUGCGUAUGUGUGAUUAGUAGUGUGUGUGUAAGAUUAGUAAGAUUAGUUCGUGAAAACUUGUUUUUUGUGCCAUUCUAAUUCCUUUUGUAACUUUAACUCUAUAUAGACGGUAAACUCAACAGCCAUGUAGGUACCCCAGUUUGCAACGUUGCAGACUUACUGUUAAACUUUAUUUUUAAAUGAUAAUGUACUCAAAUUCUUAAAAA